GUUGUCGUGCCCGAUGACGUGGCCUUUUCCGUCAAAAAUUCAAUAACAGUAACAAAUAGUUAGCCAUAUCUUGACCUGCAACAAUAAUUAUGGCUAAUAAUUUGAAUUUUCAUAGUUGUGCCUAUAAUUCCCCGCUUCAUAAUAGUUGUGGCUAAUAUAUUGUAUUAACCCUAAAUUUUUCAGCUCAAACUCGAAUUUUGAUAAUCCAGCUUGAGCUCGACUCGGUAGAGCUCGGUAAAUGCUCAUUAACACAGCUUGUCAAGCUGAGUACAAGCUCGGCUCAAGAUAAGCUCGAUUUGAAGCCAUUCUUGUCGAAAAAAUGUGUACUGAUAAGAAUUUAAAUGAUAAAAAGAACACUAUAAACUAAAAAUAACAGCUAAGUUCCAUACACAUUCGUAUUAACAAGAUAAUAUUACUGUUUAUAAGAGUAAUUAAUCCUUUCACAAGCUCUAAACAAGCCAGCUCGCGAGCUUAUCUCAACAAGCCACCAAGUCAAGCUAGCUCACGAGCUUAUCAACCUAAACACACGGUCUAGCUCAAACUUGACUCGUUUACUAACGAGUCGACUCACAAACCGACUUCUUAAAUAACGAGUUGAGUGUCGAACGAAAUUUUUUCCGAUUCAAAUACCGUAUUGCUCACGAACGACUUGCUUCAUUUGCCGCCCUAAUUUACAACUGUAUCGAAAGCAUAAGUUCUUGCUUGCUUGCCUACCGAUCUCGUUUGUAGCCCAUAUAAGUCCAAACAAUAUAUAAAAGCCCUGAGUUUAUUUGUAGCCCAUAUAUUCACCCAUAUCUGGGCUUGGAUGGGAGAAACACAACUCCUAAAGGCAGCCCAUAUCUUCUUUAAAUAUAUUAAAGGGGUUUCAGAAAACGCCCCACUCCACGUCAGCCUUUGAGCUACGACUAGGGAUGGCAAUGGGGCGGGUUUGGGGCGGGUUUGCUAAAACCAUCCCCAUACCCAUCUUCAAAUACCCAAACCCAUACCCGCCUCAUACCCAUGCGGGGAAUGUUUUGUAAACCCAUCCCCAUACCCGUGGGUUUUGGGUACCCAUGGGUAAUACCCAUACCCGUACAUCCAACAUUAUUAUAUCUAAAACUUACAAGAAAAGUUCUAAUUAUAACUCUAAACGAACAUAUUAUAUCAUGAAGUCAACAAAACACGGUCAUUUUUUAAUAUGGUUCAAAGAUUAUGAUCCUAAAAUAUCCAUUAAUACAUAAUAUAUAGUAUAAUAUUUUUCAAAUUAUUAUGUUCUAACUCUGAUACAUCUACUAAAUAAUAAUUAACUAACAUAAUCUUGUUGACAAAGGGGAAAGUGAAAGGGUGAAAUGAGAAUUGAGAGAAAUGAAUUAGAUUUUGAUUAAGAUGGUCACUCAAUUGCAUUUGUACUAUUUAUUUUCUCAAUUUAUCCUCAUCAUCAUUGAUAGAUUAUAAUUUGAUGCACAUAUUUUUUUAUAUAUGAAGAAACUAUCAUGGUGGGGCGGGUAUGGGGAUGGGUAUGGGGCGGGGAGGCUAAAACCAUACCCGCCCCAUACCCAUCAAACUUUUUGCGGGUUAUACCCAUACCCGCCCCAUACCCGGUCAAAGCGGGGAUUCCCCGCGUUGACUGGGUCGGGGGCGGUCGGAUACCCGCGGCCAUGGGUUUGAUUGCCAUCCCUAGCUACGACCGUAACUUUCGAUAUUUCCUGUUUUUAUUUUUAUUUUUUUGUUUAAUUUAUAUCUUUUAUACCGGGUGCUUACCAUUUUUUUGCGGGAUUUUCUUCCCUGUAGUUUUUCUUGGGUUAUUUAAUUUUGUUUUAUAGUUUGAUAUUUAAUUCUCUUUAAAAUAUUUUAAUCUCUCUCAUGCUGUAAUUGGGGUUUGGAUAGAAUUAGGAAUUUUUUUAUUUUUUAACCAAAAAGCUAUUUUCCCUCUAUUUUACCAAUGCCUUUAUACAAUUUUCAAUAUUACACAAUAAAUCUAGAUUAUUGAGAUUAUUUUCACAAAUUAGAAAAAUUGGAAACCAAUAUUACACAAUAAAUCUAACAAAUAUUGGAAACCACUCAUACCUUUAUACAAUUUUCAAUAUUGCUAUUACACGAAUAUUGGAAAACACAAAUACCCAUAUACCAUUUUCAAUACUGCUAUUACAAAAAUUAUAGUAUAACACACUAAAAUAUUUAAAAUACUAAAUUGAAAUUUGAUUAAUGUUAUUGGAAAAAUGAACUCACCCGCCAAAAGCUAGUUUUCAUUAGGUGAAAUGGGAGUAAUGCGAGUGAUUUGCUCCAAAAAGACCAGCUCAAUAACUGAAGCCCAUUGAAACACCAUGUCUCCCCAAAGUCUACAUAGUAUGAUUUCUUCUCGACCAAAGCUCUACACCACUAUUAACUCACUCAAUAAUGAAAAUGAAAUCCAAAACGAACGAGGAAAGCAGGAAAAAGCUUCCUAAUCACCACAAACAGCAAGAACAACACAAUUCAUCAAACACACACACACACUCAGAUAUGUUGAUUCCAACACUUUCUACAAAACGAGGGAGAGAGAUAGAGAGAAUGACACUACGACGGUGCAAGAAAUGGAGCUAGAGAGACCACUAGGGUUGGCAAAGAAUCUUCAGAAUGCAACAAGGACCAUGUUCCAAUAAAGCACCACCACCACCAAAAACCCACCACCAGAGACCACAAAUUGAAAUCAGUCAGUUUACAUUGCAUCCUCUCUCUCUCUAGUCUCUCUCCCUCAUCUAAAAGGCUAAUAAGUUAUAACUGAACAAUCAUUGAACUCCCUAAUCAGUCGGUUACUCUCCAAAACAAAUUCUGUUACUAUAUGACUUUCCCUGUUUGCUUCUAAGAUUUUGAUAUGUCUUUCGUAUCAAAUACAUUCAUACGAAACUCUGUUAGUAUGUCGAAUGAGGCAAACGUCAACGCGUGCUGACAUCGUGACCGACCAUCGAACAUAGUAUUUCCCUUUGUUGUGUGUCCAUGUAGAUGUAGAGCGCGGGAGCACAAAGUGGAAAGCCAGGCGCACAAAAUAUAAUUUGGCCUCAACACGUGGGGUCUCUCUCUCUCUCUCUCUCUCUCUCUGCUAAAAUCUCAGGCGGGGGAAGUGAAAAAGAAAAGCAGCUAGCUCACUCUCUUUCUCAUUGUGCUUUCUUGUUUAGCCUUGUACCCGUCCCCCACCUCACCUCUGAGUCUUCGACUCUUUUCCAACUUCUUGCUCCCAAGGAUAAAAGGAGUCUGGUUUCCGGCGAUGGACGAUGGGAACCCCGACGACUGGCUGCCGGAAGGCUGGAGAGUUCAGGUCAAUGUUAGGAAGAACGGUAAAAGGGAUAAGUGGUACUUCCCUCCCACCGGUGGGGCUAAAUUCUACUCUAAACUUGAGGUAACUCGAUAUCUAAAGAGCAACGGUAGUGGCAUCAACAUUGGUGACAACGAAGGCCAUACGAGCGAUGAUAGCUACAACCUCGACACAGUGAACAAUACUGGAAGCAAUAAGAACAUCAGUACAAUCGACAGAAGUGACAAAUUCAACAUUAGGGACAACAUCACCACCACUACACCCGCCAAUACUGUCAAGCAUAGCAACAACCUCGACUUGGUGAACAUCACUAGUAGCAACCCCACCUCCGCCGUGGGCAAGAAUACCAACAACGUCACGGAUAGUAGCAAUCACUCUGCAAAUAGCCAUCCCAAGAGUGAAGAAGAGAAGGAGGAGAAUGGCACGCUUAAAAGAUCCUCUAAAAAGGUUACCUUUGAGAAGGCUACUCCGGAAGGGCUACCUCCAGGAUGGACCAAAGAAGUUAAAGUAACAAAGAAGUGCAGCAAAGUCAGAAGAGAUCCGUAUUAUACGGAUCCUGAAAAUGCGUACACGUUCCGUUCUAUGAAAGAUGUAUUUCGGUACAUCCAGACUGGGGAGGUUGGAAGACUAGCAAUCAGGCGGAGGCAAGCAAGGCAUCAUGAAGACACAGAAGAUGAUGAAACUCCGUCACCAGCUUCAGCCAAGAAACAAAAGUUGGGGACUGAUACAACUAUGAACGGAACUAAUCAGAGCUUAAAGGUGCCUAAAGUAGAACCUACUGGAAACUAUCAGACCUUCAAAGUAACUAAAGUAGCUCCACCAGCACCUGAAGCCCUCCUAGAUGUUCAAGCAAUGCAACGUGAAGAAAUAGACCAGACCCUUGAGGCAACUGAACUAGCUACUACUAUAGUAUCUGAAAUGCUCCCUGCAAAGAAAACAGUUCAACACGAGAAAAAAGAGAUUGAAGCAACUCCUCCCGAAGCUGAAGGCGUCUCUGAUACGCAGCCAGUACAACAACACAAAGUGGAAAACCAUGAGACCCAGAAACAUAGUACUACUGGCAAGUCCAAGAAAAAGGACGGCGUCGUACAGCUUCCUCGCCGUGCCUCGAAGCGACUUGCUGCUCUUCCUCUUGAGCCUACUACCGCAGAACUAGAGGCGAGUUCAUCUUCUCCUCAAGCAGAAGCAGCUGUUAAAAUUGUGGAUGUUGCUAUCGGACUCGAUUCUACCUCAGCACAGAAGACCCAAAGUCAACAGCAUCAGCAUCGAGUAGCAUUAGUUAAGCCAACAAGUGAGCCGACUGAUCCCAAGCUGCAAAUAAAUCAUCUAAACCAGAAUAAAUCCGAGGCAAGAAAAGCCUCCCCUGAAUCAAAUAAGAGCAAGCUUUUUGGAGCCUGUAAGAAAGCUGAAGAAGAUGAAGCUGGGAAGCUGCCUCUCGAUCCUCCCCUGGGAGAGUUAUGGGAAGACCCAUGCAUUGCAUUUGCAAUAAAGACCCUCACCGGGUCACUUGAUGACCUGCCAUUAGGGUCGAACAAUAAUGGACUAGGCGAUUCAGCCAGUACCAAGGAGCAUUUAGCUACUCCAGAAGUAAGCAUUCCUGAAGUGGAGCCAAUCAAUAAUUCUCAGAAUCCAGGAUCGCCUGUCAGCUUGUCUGCAUCUUAUACAUGGGCGGACCCCUGUAUCGAGUUUGCCAUAAAAACUCUAACCGGUGCAAUUCCUCUGGACUCUGAUCUUUUUAAUAUGCAAGAGCAGGCAACUUCAUCACAGCAAGUUCAGCCAAGUUCCAGCCAGGUAUUCCACCACUCUCCUACUAUUUUCCCUACUGAAGCAGCAGCAAGGGUCGAGCAGCUGUCACUACCGCAGACUAAAACCGCGUGGUACACCGGUGGGAGCAGCCCGUCUGCUGGUAUGGGAAGGAGAGUUACCAGAAGCCAGAGGAAGGCUGUGUAGGUUUGUCAUUAACUGUAGCCGAUUGUUAAUUGUACAUACGGAUGGUGAAGCUCUCCGAGUUCGGAGAGCAACAUCAUUUCUGGCUUUAGUUCUCUGUUAUCCUAGUUAGCUUGCUUUACCGUGUUCAGCAAAUUUGCUCACCUCUGUAAACAAAUGUUCUAACUUUAGGGUUCUUGCUUCUGGCUAUGCCACCGCAAGUGGUGCUCCAACUGAUGGUGAUAUUGAAUCAUAUAAUCUCCACGAUAGGGUAGUCCUAUAUCAUGUUUGUUUCAAUCCAUCUCAAAAUUGAGUGAUUGUUCGUGUAAUUAACCAUUCUUGUAAAUUGAAGGGCCCAGCCCUAAUCUCCAGUACGCUCUCCACCAAUUCUCACUUUUUAAGUUUUAACCCUCCUCUUUGUCCAUCUGUAGUUUUCUUGUUUGUGCUAACUAUAUAUUCUUUGAUCUCUAUCACAGAACCUGAACCUGCAGUGCAGUGAACUUACGGAAAGUUGGAAACCGUGGUUUCGUAAGCACAGAAUGAACGAGGAAUGAAAUUGCCAGUUCAAUCUCUCAUUCGUAUUGCUAGGCUUCAAUCUUUUGCAGAAAUGUAAGCAGUCAUGGAUAGGGCAGAAAAGUUCUGAACUUUCUUCAACACUGUAUCUCUAAUGAAUAAAGUAAACUACGAACUCACCAGGCCAAAAAAGCUUACAUCAUGAU